UUUAUAUAGGUAUUAUAGAUUUUUACCAUCAGUAUAGAAACUUUAUAGAUGAUCGAGAAAUCGUAUAGGUUGGUUUACAGUAUGAAUAAAAGGUAACAUAUAUAACAGGAUUCACCUGGGCUAUUUCUGAAAGAACUUGUAUACAUUCAUUACGGGAUUAAAUUUUUAUCUGUGUUGAAAGGUCUAGGAUUUACAUCUUGUUUAAAUUUGUAUGAAAUAAAAUCUUCGAUCAAUAGAAAAAUUUUGAUAUGAGAGGACGUUUGAAGUCGUGAUUUGAUUUUCCACUUAAGAGAAAAAUAUAUAUUGUAGAAACUGUAUCGAGCGGAAGCAAUAGUAUAACGGGUGUAUAUUGAAAUAUACUGAAUUGAAUACUUAAGUGAUACAUGGAAUAAUUAAUAAACACACAUUGGUGUCAUAGGUAUACAAACUCAAUCACUUCAGUUGACUCUGUAACAGAGAACUUUAAAUAGAAAUUUUGAGAACUGCAAUAUUACUGAAACAAAGACUACGAAAAGCCAAAAUGAAAAUUAUACUUUGAAACUGCAUGGGAAAAGUUAUCUAUACAUUUUGAAAUAAGAAGCACCUUUCAUAGGAAGUGGUAGAUUAUAUAGUUUGAAAUUGUGGCACUGCACGGGAGAAGUUAUCUAUACAUUUUAAAAAAAGAAGAAUCUUUCAUUAAAAGAGAUAGAUCCUUAUUCUGGCAGAACUUCGGGAUGAACAACCAUAACCAUAGUCCGUCAUCGUCAUGUGGGAAACUGAUUCCGAUGUCUUGUGUUUCAUCUUUCUAUGAACUCUCAGCGAUACUUUCCAAUGGUAAAAUGGAACAAUUUGCAAAGUUUGACGGGAAAGUAACAUUGGUGGUCAACAUGGCGAGCUGUGACAAGAAUACCAAAAAGGAAUUAUUACAGCUGAAUGAACUUGUCAGCACUUGUGGAACAAGAGGACUGGUAGUUCUUGUGUUUCCCUCUAAUCAACUUGGAAAACUGGAACCACUGGAGAACACAGAAAUGUCACCGUUCUUCUACUAUGUACGACCAGGAUCAAAAUUUGAGCCAAGAUUCGUUUUAUUUUCUAAAGUUUUAGUAAAUGGAUCAGAUUGUCAUCCGAUUUAUGAAUUUUUGAAAAUGAAACAGCCGUAUCCAGCAGACGACGACUGUCAAAUCUCGCGAGAUCAUACAUUUAUUUGCUGGGAUCCCGUUACGCGCCAUGACGUUAGUGGAAACUAUGAGAAAUUUAUUAUAUCGCAUGAUGGAACUCCAGUAAAACGUUAUACCCAAAAAGCACCAUUCGAACAAAUCAAACGAGAUAUAGAAAUACAACUUAAACGAAUACCAAAGCAGCCAAAGGAACAUCUUCAUGUUGUUCAUCACUGAUUCAUAUAUUUUGUAAGUGAAAAAAGUACUAAGAAAGUUGUGGAUAUUUUUAUACUAUCUUUAAAUAAUCAUAUACAUCGACAAAAAUUGCAUAUGUGCAUAGACUUUGGUCUAAGUCUUUUUCAUAAUGACAAUAUUUCCAUGCAAUAUAUUUUAUACAGACUAUAUUUUUUUACAAAAUAUAUCCUCGGCUUCAUAGACACUUUAUAAUACAGGGACUUUUUUUAUUAAAUGCUUGAGAAAAAAAACUAGUCUGAAUACUUCGUAGUUAUCUUUUUAUGAUUGGCAUAUACAAAUAACUGUACACAAAAGGACGAAUAUCCAGGAGUCAGUAAUUCCCCUUAUAUAACACAAAUACCAAACUUCUUCCAUCAUGUUAAUUUUUAAUUAUUUGAAUGACAAGUAAAAUGAUAUAGUCCUGACAAUAAUGCAGAAAUUUUAUUUGAGAUGUUACUGUGGCGCAAUAAAAGAGAGGCGGAAGAUACCAGAGGGACACCCCUAUUGCUUAAAAAGAAAAUGCCCAACAGGCAAAUAACAAGUCAAUAGUACACAAAACACAACAUAGAACAACUAAAGAUAUACAGACUGCGCAGAACAACGAACCCCGCCAAGAUUGGUGGUGAUGGCAUGUAAGCAGAUUCUGCUCAAUUUGUGACAUCUGACGUGUUGUUCAUAUUAGUACAAACUCGGUUUUCAGUCUUAUUCGGGAGGUCACAUUCUGGAAAAGGGGACGGAUUUGUACACAUUGUGUAUGAAUUCCGCUUUAUAUGAGAUAAAAAUAAUUGCACAGUUUUUAUGAACAUGUGUAAUUAAUUCAGUGUAUAGUUUUUAAUAAAUAAGUUUUUCGUCACCUAAAACAAGCAAACUGUGACUGCGAUUUUCAUUACUGUUAAAAAUUGCUAUCAAUUUAAAAGAUGUAGUCGAUCUUUUAGUUGAGUAUAUGAUACAUUAGGGUGUGUAUUGCUGUAAUACGAUUGUAGUAUUUCAAUUUAUAUGCGCUCAGUAUUUAUGAAAUAACUUCAUCAGAAACGCCGGUUAUGAAUAGACUAUCGGGUUUUCUACAGAUUGAUAUCGUAAAACAAUAUACGCGAGCAACAAGGAAAACCAUUUUGACUUGUGAGCGAGGCCAACGAGCUAAACCAAAAUUCACAUUAGGUGGAAUAGCUGAUAUUCAACUUUAUCAAAACGUGAAAAAUUCAAUAAUCUAUUUAUAUUUCAAUAUAAGCAAAAACUAAUAACAGACUGAUAGACAAAAUUUGAAAAUAGAUUUGAAUAUAUUUUUUUCUACAGAAUUCAUUUAGAUAAGAAGUGCAGGAAUCAUGUAUUACAAUGCAUAUAAACUGUCAACAUGCUCAUACUGAUAUAUAUGUACGAGCUGUAACAUUAUUGAAAUUAAAGCAUAUGUGCAUUCAAUGAGCAAAACAAGAAUCAAACCACAACUUAAAAUGUAAGCACAAAAUGAAGAUUAAAAAGGCAUACUGUAAAAUUAAGCAUAUCAGUUUGCAUGAAAUUAACAAAAACUAAAAACUAAAAACAACGUUAGAUCAUCCUGCUUCAAAGUAUGCACUAAGAAUACACACUCUUCUUUUCGCCAUUUUGAAAGUUGCACUUCAAUUGCUUCAU